AUGUUUGUAAGGCAGUACCAAACAGAAAGAUUCACAGUCAAGGCAGAAAUGGAAAACGAUACCGAAGUAAUAUCAUUUGAUAAGUGUUUUAUUAUCAACACGCCUGACAUUCUACCUAAAACGUUCAAGGUUAGGGACGACAGGGUAUAUUGCAAAAACAAACUAAAGAAGUAUAGCAAUGUUCUUUUCAAUAUAAAUUGCACUGGAAAAGUAGAGUUUAAGGAUCUUCAAAAGCUCUUUCCAACAGUAUUUGACACGAAUGAAAUAAGGAAGAUUAAUCAAAAAGAAUACAUAAAGGAAAAUUACAAGGAGAUUGUUAACUUAAGCCAGGAUAUUCUUGGAUUGGAAAAGGUAGAAUCAAUUUUAAAGAAGAAAUAUUGA